UGUGGCGGAGAGACAUCGCCGAGUAUUUUCUCUCUCGGCCGGUUGUGUGUUGUGAUUCGAAGCCGCCGUUUCCCCGCAGGCUGAGGUGCAUAUAAAAACUGAAAAGACCUGAGGCUGGCCAAACAGAAUUCGUCCUAUGUUUUACCACAUUCGUAUAACAUCUGGUCCUGAAUGCCGAUCAUAUAAUCUGCCAGAACAAAAUCCUUGCAAAGCAAUUUUUCUCGUCGCUUUUUGAGUCAUCAUAACACUUCAUUAGUUUCCUAAGGUCUCUUGCCAGCGACAUGACAGCCUGUUUAAUAGAAACACCAUAACUGCAAACAGGAAGCUAGCUAACCACGUAAAUGUCGGUUUGCACAUGGGUGAAUGGCCUGGCAUAGAAAUAGCUCUGACGACGGGCCCCGGUUGUAGCUAAGGCGAUACCAGGACAUCGGAAGAGCCAGCUACAGUAUCUUACUAUGGAUCCACACCAACUACAGAAAUGCAAAUGGACAGGAGGCUGUCCGAACAAUACUAUUAUCGGAGGCCCGUACUGCCAUGACCACAGGAGACAGUAUUAUGAAAUUCGACACCCACAGCCAGACAAGAACGACAAUUUCUGCAGUUCCUCGUCUAUACCAAGCAUCCCUAAGGACUCUGCGGCAACACGGUUGGGAAAUAGAUCGACUGAAAAUGGAUCGCUCAAUAGCCCCUACGCUUCCAGAGUACCACCCCCAAAACUCGACAAGAAGCAAUUUCAGGAUAUCAAGCAUGUUGCACGAAAGAGUGUCAAAUCGUCUUUGAGCUCUGGACAACCUCAGGCUUCCCCAGUAGCUGCUGUACAGAUGUUGCCUUCAGAUCUGCCAUCUGCGAACCCACGGCCUUUAAAGAGACAACGCGUCUCAGGUGUGCCAAAUUUAUCUGAGCCACGACCAAAGUCAAAUAGUUCGUUCUCUGAGAAUGGCAUUCCUCCAUUGUCUAAAAGAGGUAUGUUGAGACAGUCCGAAGAGAGAACUUAUAAACUUAGUGCGAUAGACGAUUUUGCACUUCGACCUAAGAAGAAAGAUGCCGUAAUUGAGCCGGCGAGGUCAAAUACGUACAAUGACCAACGACAGUCAUCCCGAGGCGACACUCGUCCCAGCAGUUCCGGCCGGCAACCGGCGCCGGUCUCGAAUCAACAGCCUCAAAGCAACGGUCUUAAUGGGCUUGCUCAUCCUGGAUCUCCCGUGAUUAUAGCUGAUGAUUCAGGAAGUACAUUACCACGGCCCAAGCCUCAGCCUCAGCCUCAGCCUCCCCCAAAGAAUUUUAUCCCAAAUGGAACCCCGGAGGUGGGUCGUCCAAUACCCAAGCCGCUGCUUGAUGGGAAAACCGAGCUAUUUCGCGAAAAAGUGAAUGUUGUGACACCAAGUAACAAACAAGGUCGGGAGGGGCCAAUCCAGCCGGGCGGUGUUGCUCAAGUUAAACAUGGCCCCUCUGCUUCUGUUGAACAAACCUCGAAGAAAAUAUACGCCCAAAAGGCCCCGCAGAGCACGAUCCCAAGCCCUUCCACUGUACAAGAUACUUCUCGACCUCGGCAGCCUAAUGGAUUGUCUCCCAAAUCAUCGGGCGAUAAACAGAGGGUGACUGCACCAACUCAAAAUAAUGGCUUGGGGCCCGUGUCUGUGAAUUCUUCCAACACUUCCAUACACCCGCAGCUACCGCCUACCAAGCAGCAUCAGCCUGUUAAUGGAGUUCGUCAAGCUUCUGUUGAAGAAGGAAACUCGAUACCAAUAAAAGGUUGGACUCCGAUCAACUUAGUUCGAAAGGACUCAAAACCGGAGCAAAGUCCAAUCACAAAGGCCACCAAGACCAAGCAAAUUACACCUGUCCCCGAGGUAAUAAGCCCUGUCCCUCAGGAAACGAGACUCGUAUCACCAGAUCAAAAUCAUAACAUGCAGUCACCUGUGCCACUUGUGCCACCAGUACAGAUCAUGCAAUCCACACCUGCUACUACACCUGUUACCGUGACUGAAACAAGCGAACCGCCUUCAUCAAGGGGCCAGGGGCCUUUGUCAGCUUUGUUAGGCGAUCGAGAAUGGAAAAAGAUGUCUCCUGAAGAACGGCGACUCUUCUGGGUUUCUCAGCACGAUGCAGAUGCAUUCGAUGCUCAGAUAUAUAGCGAGAAUAACCGACCAUUUCGGCCUGGAGACAAAUUAUUCGGACUACCAGAAGAUGAGUUGCCCCCACGGCCGAAGCGUGCCGCAACGCACUUUGAUUACAUUGACCCGAGACCCUCGGUGCCCGUUUACCGGUUUGAGGAGUGGUAUGAAAAGAAACAGGACGAGAUUAAGAGUCGUGGCGGCCGCAAGGCAAACUUUGGGAAGGCGGUCAAGCGACUGGCCCAGCAAAAAAGUGAAGCAUCGAAUCUCAGCCAGAAGACACAAGCCGCGGUACCCCAGCGGGUGCAGGAUAACCCGAAAUGGCUGGCCGCACUAGACAUCUUGAAGCAAAUCGAGGCUCAAAAUCGAGCGAAGAAGAGAAGGGCAAGGCUCGCCAAGCAAAAAGAGACGCCGGCGUCGGCAAAUGAUUCCUUCUUCGCCUGUAGACAUGGAAUUAAGCAACUCAGCAUCAGCGAUUGAACGGCUGGCGAAUCACCAGAACUGCACUUCAUGAUCAUUUACUUGCACGCACAUGGCAAUGUGGCUGCGCCGUCU